AUGGAUGAUGAUGAUGGUGGUGGUGGAGGGAAAAGUGAAAAGAGGGAGAAAUGGAGUUUUGAGGCGGGCUUCUUUUCAGACCAUAGCAUUCAAUACGGGCUUUGCUUAGAACAGCCCAAUCCUGAAAUUGAAAGCACAAGACUCAACUUAGAGGCUAGAGCUACUUCACUGUCGACUCAGAAUCGGAUACUCUCAUACUCAAAACCAAAUAAAGUGAUAGAUAGAGCAUGGCUCCCAAUCCCAGCCCAAUAUAGAGCUCCUCAUGGCCUUGUUUAUGAGAACCCCGUAGCUUUCUCACCAUCGGCAGUUGAGUUCUUCCAUCCCAAAACACAAGAACCGAAUACGAAGAGCCCAUGUGCUGCAUCAUCUAGUUGCUCACCGUUGCCUCUAGCAGCUCAAUUGGAGACUACUGAUCAAGCACAAGAAAGUAAAAUAUCAACAUCCCAGAAAGGAGGCAAUCGACUGAGAGCUGGUGGCAUUGCUGGCAUUGUACUUGGUGUGGCGUUUGCAGUGCUUUUGACAAUGGGUGUCUACUAUGUAAUGGUCACGCGCAAAGCCAACAUACAUCGAGCCAAUUCUGUUCAACCUAAUGCUUGA